CGUGCAACAACCGCGAAGGGAGGAAGAAUUUGGGUGUUUUUUUUUACCGUGUUCCAGGCGGGAUUUUUCGUUAUUGCAUGCGUUUCUACUAUUGUUGUAUUUUUUUAGGGGAGAUUGCGUUUAAAACUGUGGUUGUUGCGACAUCGACUAGCCCUCUGUAAAUUAUGGCUGAACGUUUAGCCAGCUAUACUGGAAAUUUUCAUCUGCUCAAAGGUCGGGCGGUAGACGUCUGGCAUGCGUUCCAGGAAAAUCUGUCCUCGCAGGGAGGAGGUCUGCAUGGAAUCAAGUCACGGACGUCAGAGAAAAUCACUGGUCUAAAGGAGAAAGCCAUCAGCAGUUUGAAUAAAGGCAACGAGGGGGACUAUUCUCACGUCUACAGGAGGAAAUCGAGAGCGGAAUUGGUGCGCGUUUCAGCGGCCGUUAUGGGCAUCGAAUUCGCCUAUGCGGCCGAAACGGCCUUCGUUUCGCCGACGCUGCUCGGCAUCGGCAUCCAGCAUCGCAACAUGACGCUCAUCUGGUGCCUAAGUCCCAUGAUCGGCUUCUUCCUCACGCCGCUACUUGGCUCCUUCAGCGAUCGAUGCAAAUCCCGACUGGGACGCAGACGGCCUUUUAUCAUUCUCCUAUCCAUCGGCAUCAUAUUAGGUUUGCUGCUGGUCCCCAACGGCAAAUAUUUUGGCCAGUUAAUGGGCGAUGUCUAUCCCGAAGAAGAAUUUUUCGAGAAGAUAAGCACCAAUGUUAACACGACUGCCGUUCCCGACGAGGCCGAUGUCAUCAAUGAAGUAGUGGACACAUCUUCGCAUCCGUGGGGCAUCUUCCUGACCGUUUUGGGCACUGUUCUUCUUGACUUUGAUGCUGAUGCUUGCCAAAGCCCUUCGCGGGCUUAUCUUCUCGACGUCUGCAUUCCAGAGGAUCACGCCCUGGGUCUCAGCACUUUUACAAUCAUGGCCGGACUUGGAGGAUCAUUAGGCUACGCGAUGGGUGGAAUUAAUUGGGACAAUACGUUUAUCGGAGUCAUGCUGGGUGGACACGUCAGAGCCGUGUUUACAUUGGUGACAUUCAUAUUCAUCGCUUGCGUCAUCGUCACAUUGUAUAGCUUCAGCGAGAUCCCGCUCAACGUCCUCUCCGAUUCUUCCAAUGUCGAAUCGAUCAACGAGCGUCGAAUGCUUGAUGGCGAAAAGUAUGGCAAGUUCGAAGAGGAUCUCGAAGCUUCCAAGACAUAUGGCACCAUGGAAGAGAAUUAUCCGUACCAGCCCAAUCACAUGGGUGUUGAUAAUCCCGGAUUCCAAGAGUCUUCCUUCACCGAACAUCCUAAUAACCAGAAUGAAUUUCAGGACCCUGCUGAGAUCAAUCAACUAGAAACUCAACCAUUACCCCACGGAGGGGAGAUCAGUCUACGUGAAUACGUGACAUCAAUCAUUUACAUGCCCAAAUCGAUGAGGAUUCUUUGCUUGACGAACCUGUUCUGUUGGAUGUCGCUCGUUUGUUAUUCACUCUACUUCACUGAUUUCGUUGGCGAAGCUGUCUUCGGUGGCAAUCCCAAGGCUCCGGUGGGAAGUCCCGAACGGGAAAUUUACGAAGAAGGCGUCCGUUUCGCAUGCUGGGGAAUGGCCAUGUACUCCUUAUCUUGCUCCUGCUAUUCAUUCAUCAUUGAACGACUCGUCAAGCGGUUUCGGGCGCGUCAGGUUUACAUGGGCGGCCAGCUAGUCUACACGUUCGGUAUGAUUCUGAUGGCUCUGACCCGAAGUCCGGCUGGUGUUAUCAUUUUCUCGUGGACUGCCGGCGUGAUGUACUCAACUCUGUUCACGAUGCCCUACUUGCUUGUGGCCCAUUACCACGCGUCCCAAGUGUUUGCCGAGGAUGCCAGCGGAACUCGUCAGUGUUCGACAAGCGUCCGAGGUCUUGGUACGGAUGUCGCGCUUGUGUCUUCAAUGGUCUUUCUAGCUCAGUUCAUCCUUUCGUCAUCAAUGGGUUCCAUCAUUUCAGCCGCCGGCAGCACGACAGCCGUCAUUGUUUCGGCCGCGGUUUUAAGUUUCUGUGGGAGUAUGACCGCCUCGCAAGUCAUGUAUCUUGACUUGUAAUGGACAUUUUGCGCGUCGCUGUUCUCGUCAGUUGAUUUUUAUCAUCAGUGUUUUCACUUAUAAUAACUGUUUAAAACAAAUAAAAAGAAUAAGAUUGGAAAAAAAAGGAUAAAU